CAGCCGCAAGCAAGUAAAGAGACCGACAAGACAAAACAAAAAUUUUGCUUCCCAUAGAAACAAAAAUUGAAAAUUUAAGAGAAUCCCCAAUUUUCUCUGUCUCUCUCUCUUUUCCUCGUUUUCUUUUUGGGGGUUCUUAUCAUUGCAGAGUAUCAAAAAUAGGAACGAGCUUGCUUACUUAUUUGUUAUGAAACGAGGACGCUCCGAAUCUCCCUCCAGCUCUGCUCCUCCUCCUUCUUCAUCUAGAUUCAAAUCAAAUCCCGAAGGUGAUUCUCAGUUUUUGGAAGAUGAUACCACAAGGAAUUUUGCCCGGAAGGUUGCUGAUCAUUACAGUCGAAGGACGAACCAGACUUUGGAAGAGAGAGAAGCUAGUCCCAUCAUCCAUUUGAAGAAACUUAACAACUGGAUUAAGAGUGUGUUGAUCCAGCUUUAUGCUCGUCCUGAUGAUGCUGUUCUGGACCUUGCCUGUGGGAAGGGUGGUGAUUUAAUCAAGUGGGAUAAAGCAAGGAUCGGGUAUUAUGUUGGAAUCGAUAUAGCUGAAGGGUCGAUUGAAGAUUGUCGCACGCGUUAUAACGGUGAUGCAGACCAUCAUCAACGUCGUAAAAAGUUCAGUUUUCCGUCCCGUUUAUUAUGUGGGGAUUGUUUUGAGGUAGAGUUAGACAAGAUUCUAGAAGAGGAUGCUCCUUUUGAUAUCUGCAGUUGCCAGUUUGCUAUGCAUUACUCAUGGACUACUGAGGCACGUGCACGAAGAGCUUUGGCGAAUGUUUCAGCUUUACUUCGUCCUGGAGGCGUCUUUAUCGGAACAAUGCCAGAUGCCAAUGUUAUUAUUAAAAAACUCAGAGAAGCUGAAGGUUUGGAGAUUGGUAAUAGUGUAUACUGGAUUCGUUUUGGUGAAGAGCAUUCCCAUAAGAAGUUCAAAUCUAGCAGCCCCUUUGGUAUCGAAUACGUGUUUCAUCUUGAGGAUGCUGUUGAUUGUCCUGAGUGGAUUGUGCCCUUUAACAUCUUCAAGUCUUUAGCCGAAGAGUAUGAUUUAGAGUUGGUCUUUGUGAAGAACUCACACGAGUUUGUCCAUGAGUAUAUGAAAAAACCAGAGUUUGUAGAACUCAUGAGAAGGCUUGGUGCUUUGGGUGAUGGUAGCCAAGAUCAGAGCACAUUAUCAGCUGAUGAAUGGGAAGCUGCAUAUCUAUACCUCUCUUUCGUUUUGAGAAAGAGAGGAGAAUCGGAUGGAGCUCAAAGGAGAGGGCGGAGGAAGAAUGGGAAAAUGAACUUAUCAAAAGACGAUGUUUUGUAUAUCGACAACUGAAGUGUAUGAGAACAGAGUCGGGCCUGGGUAAAAAGCCCAUGAAGCAUGUUGCUUCGGAAAGUUUAGCACAGGUUUGCAAGUGUUUGCUUUUUUUUUCUUCUUUUUUUUCUUCUUUUUUUUCCUACACUUUUCUUGUUAUUUUUCUGAGUCUUUGACGUACGUUUGUAUUUUUGAUACUUUUCUAAUUUAAACAUAUUUUAUAUAAAUAAUUAAAAGGGCCAACUCUCAAAUUAUUUAAUA